AUGUUCGCCCCAAAGACCUCCGCUCCAUCAACCGGUGGUCUUUCCAUCAACACAAACUCUGCCAAUUCUCUUUUUGGCAACAAUACCCAAAACACAUCUACACCUACACUUGGCGGGGCGAGCACUGGAGGCGGUCUAUUUGGAAAUACGAAUUCUUCGACACAAGCUAAGCCCGCUGGGGGACUGUUCGGAGGUGGAAACACAGCGCAACCGCAACCGCAAACCACCGGAGGCAGCAUGUUUUCAGGCUUAGGCGGCCAGCAACAGAAUAAUACGGCUGGUACUGGGGGAGGUCUAUUCGGAAAACCUGCGACCACAACUGCACAGCCUGCGUCGGGCGGUCUUUUCGGCACAGCUGGUGCCGGCGCCGGUGCUGGCACCGCGCAGACUGGAGCGACAGGAGGUGGCUUGUUCGGUGGUGCAUCCAACACUAGCGCUGCGCCGGCAGGAAACACAGGAGGUGGUUUGUUCGGCGGUGCGGCCAACACCAGCACGGCUCAGACAGGCACAACUGGGGGUGGUCUAUUUGGUGGCGGUCUGGGUUCGACAACGCAGACCCAGCCUAAGCCAGCCCUCGGUCUCGGCACAUCGACCACUGGAGGUGGCGGUUUCUUUGGAGGAGGUGGUGCUGCUCAAAACACUCAACAGCAACAGCCAGCUCAGAAGCCAACGCUCUCGCUCUUCGGCAACCCAGGCACAACACAAGGAGCCCCGCAACCACUACAGCAGAGUGUGGCUGGAGGAACGGUAGCUCCCGGUGUCACGCUCAACCUCGACGAGCUUCUGCCCACUACCAAGUUUGAGAGCUGUGCCGAACCGGUUCGAAAGGGAAUCGAAAACAUUGACAACUACAUCCUGGAGCAGAUUAAACUAUGCAAUGAGGUCUCCGAUAUGCUCCCGACAAUUGAAUCACAAGCUUCGACAAUUCCCAACGACGUGGAGUUCGUGCAAAGCAAGCUAGAGACGAUCCAACUUGCGCUAGAGAACGACGCGGGGGACAUUGACCAACUACGCGGCCUCGUCACCCGGGAUGCGGCCGAGGCGCAGGUUGCAUUCCGUGCCAUCGAUACUCUGAAACUCCCUUUGCAAUACCAGUCCGCGGGUGGAAGCGGAUGGUGGUCCAUGCAGGACCAAAAGGUCCCAGACCGACGGUCUACUCGCAAGAACACUCUUGCACUUCCCGACGACGUGGAGGCGGACCCCUCCACCGCUACAGCCGUCCAUGGCGUGCCUGUCAACCUGGUUGACUACUUCUCCCACCGCUCGGACGAGAUGAGCGGUGUCCUCGACCGCUAUAAGGGCAACCUGAAGGAGAUUGAAGACCAUUUGCAUGGAGUCGAGCUCACCCUGAACCGCCAGAUCAGCGAAUUUGUCAGCUCUCGCUCUCGCGAUGGUGCCGGUCCUCGGAACCCCCAGUCUACUGUCAAUGACCUGGCUGCUGUGCUGGGUGACGUUGAAGCUGGAAUCCUGGGCGUCGCCAACCGAUUGGGUAGUGUGUCCGAGCAGGUGCAGGAAGUUACUCUCGGGCCAUUGGCAAAUGGGGAGAGCAGACUCGGACUCUGA